AUGGCAACUACCGAAGUAAUGAUUAAAGAUAUAGUUGAUUCAAAAAGAUUGGACGGUAAUAUUUAUGAGGAUCCUAUUUCGAGAGUAGCGGGAUUAAAAAAAGAAGAACCAAUUUUGCAUGGUUCCAUUAUUUCAAAAUUAUUUUGGCCAAAUUUAAAAAAUGAAGAAUUUAUUGUUCCGGAAUCAAUUUCAAAGGAUAUGCAAAAGUAUGAAGAAGCAUUUAAAACUGUAAAACCUAGAAGAAAAUUACAAUGGUUAACAUCACUUGGAAAAGUAGUUGUAGAAUUAGAAUUACAAGAUCGUACUUUGGAAUUUGAAGUUUUACCUAUAUAUGCAACAAUUAUUUCUCAUUUUCAAAUUCAAGAUAAAUGGGAUUUACAUUCAUUAGCAUUAAAGAUGAAGAUUAAUCCUGAAAGUUUACAACUUGAUCGUAUUGAAGAAACGUCUAUUAAUUUUGUGGAAGAACAAAAAACAGAUGGAACACAUAGUUUAUGA